AUGUUACCGACGACCGUUUUGUUCGCCAUUAUAGCGGCGACCGUUUUGAAGGAUUCCGACGCUUACUUGAGUGAAGCGGCCAUUAAAAAAACACAACAGAUGUUGAAAACCGUAUGCUCCAAGAAACAUUCAGUCGAAGAGGAAGUAUUUACUGACAUCAAAAAAGGAAUAUUUCCAGAGGACAACAACAACAUAAAAUGUUACUUUGCCUGUAAUUUCAAAACUAUGCAAUUGGUCAAUCAAAAGGGAUCCAUCGAUAAAAAAAUGUUCAAAGACAAGAUGUCGAUGAUGUCACCACCGAACGUAUACAAAAUUUUAUUACCGGUUAUAGAACAGUGUAUCGGAACAGAUAAAGGUGAAGAACUCUGUCAGUCUUCGUACAACCUCAUAAAGUGCGCACACGCCGUUGAUCCCAAAAGUUUAGAGUAUCUACCACUCUAG